AUGGAUUUCAUCGAGGGUUCCAUAUCAGCAGCUUCAGGCAGUGCAUGCUCACCUUACCAACAAAGUUCAUCCUACAAUCCCAUCCCUACAGAUGGCAACUCUCUCAUUCCAAGGCUCCGAAAUCUCUCUUCAUUGGACCCGUCAUCCAAGUUCAUGUACCACAACUUGCACGGGGGUGGCUCCAUCAGCGCUCCCGUGACCCCCCCCACCUCAAGCUCCCCAACCAAUGGAACCCCACGGCCUGCCACAGAUUGGUGCAGUUCGUACGCUCGUCUGGAGAUCCCGUUGCUUCCAUUGUCUACGCCGCCCAGCCCCGGACACCAGAUGUGGUACCAUGGGACUCAUGCUAGCCAGAGCGGGACGACUUCUCCAAAGUUCGGUCUUGUUUCCUCAAACCCGUUUGGGUUCACCGUGGAGGCCCUGACACGGAAUGGAUCUCUCAUGUGCACACCAGGCUGGAGCAGAGCAUGCUCCCCUGCUGUCACGGGUGCUGCUGAUAUCAUCAUGGAUCGGGUAAUCCCGAACGCGUUUGUGUUUGGGAGCAGCAGCACGACAGAUCUUGUGAAGCCUGUUAGGGGCAUGUUCAAGUUCCUUGAUAUAGUAAGAAAUGGACUCAAAUCUGACCCUUUAUGGGCGUUCAAGGAGCAAGCUUCAAAUGUGGAGGGCCCUAGUUAUAUCUCUGGCCCGCACUGUUCCUUGUUGUUAUGUGCAGAAAUGAAUUCUCGGUAA